AUGGACGAUUUUGUUGCCAAGCCGUUGGAUUUCAGAGGACCACAGCACGCAUCCAAGAUGGCGCCCGCAUCUCCAGGCUCGGAGAGCACAGGGGAAUCCCUGGCAGAGGAUACCCAGGCAAGUGACUUAGCUCAAAUCCGGGCAGAACUUACCCAAAUAUCUACCAGAAUGUUAUCCAAGGCGGACACAGGCUCCCUGGUGCAGGAACCCCGUGUGGUGCUACGCGAAGAACUUGCUGGCCUCCGCUCAGAUCUAACUGCGCUAGAACAACGAGUGGAGGAAAUGGAGACAACGGCUCACGGCUGUGAGGAGCAGCACAGGGCGACAGAGGUGGCUGUUACCAGACAAGGUAACAUGCCACUCACCUUACGCAGACAAGUGGAAGACUUGAAAAAUAGGAGCAGGCGCAAUAAUAUACGAGUCCGCGGCUUACCAGAGACUGGUACAGAGCCGCUCCAAGCCACACUAAUUGACUUAUUCAGGCAGCUCCUUGGGGUACAAGCCAGGGAUGUGAUCUGUUGCAUUUCCACAUGUGGACUGGGAGAUAUGGCUCCUAUGCGUUUACCAGAAGCUGCACCUAACCGAAACGACCCGCCGCACCGGAGAGGGGGCUCGGAGGGCCCAGAGGAGUAG